CACAGCCCGGACCAAACUUGCAAGUAAGCUGAUCAGUGUGCUCUCGAAACGUGUGACGACGUUUAUGAUGUUAUCUAGCCAGUGUACACGCCGUCGCAUCAAGUGCGAGUACCCCACAGAGUCCCGUCGUGGUCAGCACAAGCGUCGCCGAAAGACUCUUGACAGCGACGUUGCCGGUCAAACAUCAACCCAAAGCCCAACACGAACCAACCCCGCACCACCAAGCACUCCAUCGACGUCCGCAGCCACGAGUUCACCGUCAUCUAACAUCAGUCCGCCGGCAUCGGCAUGAUAACUUAUGAAUGCUUUAAGUAACGUUUAUUGGCUUUUUU